UUUCUGUUUAUGAAGGGAAACGUCACUUUUGACUUUCUGUAUUCCUUUUUUCGUGAAUGUGUAAAAUCUUCCAAACACUGCGCUUUGUUAUGUGUUUAUAAUAUACGAAACUGAUUUUUUAGUUAGUGUUAAGUACAAUGGCAGACUUUGAUGCAAUAUACCCUGAUGAGACGGAACUCGAGGAGAAUAUAGAAGAGACACAUGUGACGCUAGUGCCUGAUCCGAUCGUGAUUCGAGGGGCUGGGAACAUGACAGUAUUUGGUCUAAGCAACCGCUUCAAUGGCGAGUUUCCUUCGGGGCUGCAGUCACGGGUAGCGCCAGAGGAGUACCAGGCUACCGUGGCCCGCAUCAACAGCGUGCUGAAAAAGACGUUGCCGGUCAACGUAAAAUGGCUGUUCUGCGGCUGCGUAUGUUGCUGCUGCACCUUAGGAUGCUCUCUAUGGCCUGUCAUAUGUCUUAGUAAAAGGACGCAACACUCCUUGAACAAACUAUUGGAAUGGGAGAAUAGUCGACUAUACAACAAGCUGGGACUUCGCUGGCGACUCACCAAGCAACACUGCGACUCCUCAUCCAUGAUGGAAUACGUACUUCUCAUAGAGUUUAUCCCCAAAAUACCCAUAUACCGACCUGACUAAGUCAACGCGACGCCCGUGUCAUAGAGUAACUGUAAAUAGACAUAAAUCAUUAAUGAUAGCAAGCAUACGUCAUCGCAUCUCGAAGAUAACAGCUAAUUUGCAUGGCCAAGCCAAUGAAUGGGUGAGCUAGAAUGUUUCUGGAAGAACG